AUGCGGCCCGAGCCUCAACUUGGAGACGGACUUCGCCAGCCCCAGGGCAAGCAAAAAAUGUCGGGGGCCGACUUGGAUCGUAUCAUUCCCCUGCUGCGUGCAGGAGAGUUGAGAUUCAGGCUAACGGAAGAGGUACUAGCGGAUGAAGAAGAUGAAGAUGGUGCAGCUAUCCCUGCCAACGGCCAAGAUGGCAGCGCGGUGAGCCGCCCCGAUUCCGACGAGCACUCUUAG